UUCAACUCUUAUCCCGAUUCCUAACUCGUAUUCUCGACAUCCCCCGCACUCUGUAAUCGCCUCCCUUCGAUUGGAGGAGAAGUCGGCCCCGCGACUCAACGCUCUGGUAGACAGGCGGCGGGCAUCAGCGCUUGCGACGUAUGAUGCGGUAGUGUGCUCAUGACAUUCUGAAGAGAUGUGGAUGAUCGAAUACAUGCCUCGUCUUCUUGCCGCUACCCAAGAAAGAAGGGUGAAGGAUCAAUCGUUCCUCGUUACGUAAUCCUAAGCCCUCUUUCCUGAUUUAUGUUCUCUGCUGCCCUCCCGGCAGCCUCGUCUUUUCGCAUUCGCUAUUCCUCCAUCGCGACCCGUCGCCGGGGUCCCAGGGUGGAAUUGGUACUACUACAUCUGCAGUAUCUCUUGGCUUCAUUGGAAUUCAUUUGAAUUUUGAAAACUGCAAUGGCAGGGUCAUCAAAUCAAGAAACUGGAUCAGUAUAUUUAUACGUUCCUAAUGUUAUAGGUUAUAUAAGAGUCAUCUUGAAUUGUGUAGCAUUUUCUGUGUGCUAUUCGCAAAAAUCUCUCUCUGCCAUUCUCUAUGUUACUAGCUUUGUGUGUGAUGCAUUGGAUGGUUGGUUCGCACGAAGGUUAAACCAAGUGUCAACUUUUGGAGCUGUUUUGGACAUGGUAACAGACAGGGUUAGCACCGCAUGUCUACUGUCUGUUCUCUCACAACUAUACAGACCAGGUUUAAUUUUCUUAGCAUUGCUUGGAUUGGACAUUGCGAGUCAUUGGCUGCAAAUGUACAGUUCAUUCUUAUCUGGCAAAACUAGCCACAAAGAUGUGAAGGACUCAAGCAGUUGGCUUUUUAAGUUGUACUACAGAAACCGCAUGUUCAUGGCCUUCUGCUGUGUGGGAUCUGAGGUUCUUUACAUCAUCCUCUAUCUUCUUGCUGAUGAGAAAUCUGAAAGCUUGAUCACUGUAUAUUUGAAUGCCAUUCGGACAAAUACACUCCUCUCAUUUUUGUUGCCUUUUGUUUCGAUCGGAUGGGCCAUUAAGCAAGUGGUGAAUGUCAUCCAGAUGAAGUCAGCUGCUGAUUCUUGUGUGAAUCACGAUAUGAAGAGAAGUGUUUGAUCAUGUGAGGCCAUGCUUGUCCAUUGUGCCCUAUUCUAUGUUUCAACCGAGUGAAAAACAAACACUUUGUUUGAGAUUUUAGCACAGCAACGUAUGAUAUCCUGGGAUAUUUUGGAGCCGUCGACAGUAGGGAUUGUUAUUGUGAGCUGAAUAGCCUGGAAAAUCUAUUCAUUGAUGUUUCCCGUACAUGCAACGCCCGAUCACUCAAUGUUGUUUUAAGUGGAUCAGGUGGUUUUGUUUGAAUUCCUAGUAACAGUCGCUUGAAAACUACGAUGUUACGUUGUUUGAGGUCUUCCAACACAAACAGAUAAAGAUUGUUCGCCGCCAAAAA